AUGGACAACACGAAAGAAGACAUCGCAACAUUUUCCGGAACUGGCAUUCUGGUACAUGAAAGUAAGAAUAUGAAGCAACUACCUCCUAACCUCCCAUGUCACCGAAUCAUAUGGACCCCGGGGUUCCAGCUACUCACCGAAUCGUGUUGCCCUAUCUGCAACGGCCGUCAUGUUACACCUAACGCUACUUGGCCCAUUACUUGCGUAUGCGCGACACAAGCAUCACAACUUCGACAACUUCCAGGAGCUGGUUCCAUCCUUACUAAAACACCGUUGCUCCCGUAA